GCCGGGCGACGGUCCGAUAGCUCUCCAUAGGCAAACAAAAGCCAGCACCACGAUAGCAGCAUUCACUGACUCUGCGAUUAUGGUAUCCACGUCACCUUCGUCCUGCGAUAUGGCUAUCACACCGCCAUCGAAGUCUCUAACAACUCCACUGCCGGACCCAUGAACGACCGUGUCCGACCAACCCUUCCACUCGAACUCCUACCUGCUGCCUUCUAUGCGCAUACGAAAAACGAAUUCCAUCCAGACUCUGAAGAAUCUACUCGGCAUGAAAGGCGACGUGUGUCGCGAGAGCUAGAGUCGCUUCAUUUGUACAGCGCGUCUACAUCAAAUCAUCCUACCAUACGAUCGCGCAAUGCGCCUCUUCGGAGCGGUACCACUUCGCGAGAGCACCUGCAGCAACGCGUUUCUACCACAAGUGAUGUAAGCACGCAGUCGAACGUCGAUGGUUCCCGAGGGGAAGACGAUGCUUCGCGAAAAGAAGGAAGAAAAGAGCACUGGUACAACCCUAUCGUCAAGUUCUGGACUACACACGUCACUCUCACAAUUGACGAGGGGGCGCAUAGGGAUCACCUGGCGCUCGAACGCACCUUUCUAGGCUAUCUACGCACGUCUCUCGUGCUCGUUAUGACUGGCGUCACAACCACACAGCUCUAUCGACUCCAGCAUACUGCGAAUACAGACUCGGAUAUAGGAUUUUAUGUCAUAGGUCUUCCACUCAACAUGGUUUUUAUUGGUAUGGCUAUUGUAGUCAUACUGAUUGGGGCAUUUAGAUUUUGGAAGCUGCAGCUGGCAAUGUCUAGAGGAAAGACAUAUUCUGGGGGCUGGGAGGUGAUGACGAUUAUGGGGUUGAUCAUGCUGAUUCUUGUUGCAACGUUUGCGCUUGUUUUGGCGGUCAACAUUGACAAGAGCUUGGAUGCCAGUUAGGCCUGUCGAAGUUGAUUGAUUGAGUUUGGGAACUGCGACUCAAAACGCGAUCUUCUCCGCCAUCAUGCAUGUUCCGUAAGCCCAAGUCUGUCCUCAAUUCGCUCAGGUGGCAAGUCACAUCUGAGUGCACCAAUCAAUGUCUCCAUCACAAGUGGUGAGAGUCUAGUGGUGAGUCUUGGAUCGAAGAUUCUGUCGCUGCAGUAUUCUCCAAGCAAGUGGUUUGUAAUCACAUGUAUGUAUCGAGUAUAGCAAAUAGCGUUAAAAUCAAAACCCUCGCGCGAGUCAGAG